AUGGCUUCGAUCGCGUCGCUCUCGCGUCUGCCUCGGCUGGCGCUUUUGGCGCUCGUCUCCGUUAUCGCGAUCUUUGCCGCGACUCUCCUCCCCACAGGCGACGCAAUCCGCGUGGCCUCGUCGUCCGAUCCAACCAUCCUCAAGUCGCAGCUGGACGUUCUCCGUCAGCUCGGCGCGCAGUCGGGCAAGGACUUUGUGUUCAAGUCGUGGACGGCGAGCGGCGCGCCCGACAAGUGCUCCAAGUACCGCGGCGUGACGUGCGACGCCGAGGGCAAGAUCGUCGCCAUCAACGCCACGUCUGCCAAUCUCGUGGGGCCCAUCGACGCGCUCUCCACGCUCGACCAGCUGCAACGCCUCGAUCUGAGUUCCAACAGCGAGGUGAAGGCGCUGCCGCAGUCGUUCACCAAGCUCAAGAAGCUCAGCCACCUCGAUGUGUACAACUGUUGGAUAGAGGGGCGCAUUCCGGCCUUUCUCGGCCAACUCACCGCCCUCACAUACCUGAGCAUUGGUGGUAACCCGCUAGAAGGUGCUGUGCCAGCCAGCUUCGGCAGCCUUGUCAAUCUCGUCUCUCUCAACAUCGCUGGAACAGGCGAGGACGGCGUGGGUGGGGCCCUCCCUUCAAGCUUUGCCAAUCUGAAGAAACUCAAAGAGCUCUAUCUGCGCAACAACCGCUUCAACGGGCCACUUCCAGACUUCAUUGGCUCUUUCACCAACCUGGAGCAGCUCGUGGUGAGCAAGAACUACUGGGAGGGUCCCAUUCCCAAGGCGCUGUCCAAACUCAAGAAGCUCAAGUACCUCGGGUUGAGGGAGACGGCUCUGGAGGGCGAGAUUCCAGCAUUCCUGGGAACACUGAGCCAGCUCACAUACCUCUCUCUGUCUGACACGCGGCUGUACGGGCAGGUGCCCAAGGCGCUCAGCGGACUGGCGAAGCUCAAAGAGCUGUACCUCCAGAACGGAUGGUAUUACGGCCCUCUGCCUGACCUGAGCGGCCUCAAGCAACUCACAGAGAUCGACCUGUCCAGCAACUACCUCUCAGGCCCCCUCCCGGCCUUCCUGCAGCGGGUCAAGAAAGUAAACGCUGCGGACAACUACUUCUCCGGCUCAGCCUCCUCCCUUCCCUGCUCUGACGACUUCUCCGUCACGGGCAACUGCCUCUCCUCCGUGCCCUCCAAGUGCGGGGGCACCGCAGGCCAGAAGACCACACAGGAGUGCAACAAGUUCUGUGGGACGGCCACGGCCACGGGGGCGUGUAGCGGCAAGGGCGUGUGCGUGUUGGAUGUGGCUCAGCUGCUCAAAACACAGGCGUACGUGCCCAUGUGCAAGUGCCAGUCGGGGUACUGGGCUUCGCACCAGAAGCUGCGCUGCUCCAAGAACAACUCUUGA